AUGGAAGAAGACUUAUAUCCUUACUCUCCAGAAUCAAGUUCAGAAGGUGACAGUGCAUUAAGGAAUUACAAAGGUGAAUAUCUCUGCCCAUUUUGUAGUGCUAGUUUUCGAUCCCAAAAGAAGCAAUCUUACCAUACAAUCAAUAACCAUCCUGAGUGUAAAGAAUGCAAUCUUACUUUUAAAUAUAAAGACGACUUUUACCUUCAUAACUUGACUGCCCAUAUUGAAGAAACUGUUCUUUCCAACAAGCUGCUAGCAGGUGUUAACAAAUUUGAGAAAAAAUGCAGGCUAUGUGGAGUUGAGCUUGAAAGCCGAUGUUACGCCCAAAUGCAUAUCCAGUUUGCUCAUCCUCUUAUAAGGCCACUAUUUAGUCAUCUUCAAGAUAAUUAA